UCUUGUCACUUCUGUCAGUGAAAAGUGCAGUCAGCAGCUCCGCGAUUGAAACUCGAGAGUUCCGAUUUUUUUUCCUGAGCUUAUCAAUUUGCUAAAGUUUCGCCGUAAAUUGCCGUCAAAUUUGCCUCCCAUGUCCACCUCGGGCGGUUCCAGUUCCAAUUGAUUUGCCAUUGGAGGACAGUUGCGCGCUUCAAUUGACGCUGAUUGAAUUACAUAAGUCGGCUGGAAGUGGUUCGCAGGAUUUUUGGACGGACUUUUCUUCGCGUUUUUGCUUUUUUUUCCCUGAUGGCGUUCCGCAAAUGACGAUUCAUCGUUCAGCACGUCCAGCAGCAGUGGAAUAAUACCCGAGACACGGUGAACAAUUCGGGAAUUGCGGUGACGGGAAGGAAUCCGGAGGGUGGGAGUAAAUUUUGAAGAAGACUAAAAAGUGGUUGUUUGUUAUUUGCGGUUUCCGUGUUGGCCAACACUGUGGCGGCCGGAAGAUUGGACAUUGUCAGGUGGCCAAACGUUGUGCACUUUCCAAAAGUGCUUGGAUUGCAAGUUUUGCUUUAGAUUGCUCAGCAAAGGCAGCCGAAACGGUUUCCAGCUGCUGCUUCCGGGCUUCUCCCCACCGCCGCAGGUGACCCCCCGAUGCCCCACACUGCCUGGCCACAACUGUCAGACGGGGACGACGGACAGACACGGCAGUGCAGUGCAGUCAGUGUGUCUGUGUGUGUUUGUGUGUGAUUAAGUGAGAAAUAGGGAGGAGGAAAUUAUUUCGUCAUCGUUUGCUGAUUGCAACGACCACAGACCAAAAGUGAACAACUUUCAACGAGCAGAGCAGAGGAAGAAGCAAUUCCAGCAAAUCGGAACAUUACUGCGGGAGUGGAAGAAGACGAGGAAUUAACCGAGCCAUCUUGCAAAGUGACCAACAUUGGCCGCCUCUGCUCGAUCAAUUGGAUUAGAAAGGAGCGCUGUGAAAAAUGAACUUUCUCCGCUUCGGCCAGUCGGCGGACAUCGACAUCGUGUUCGAUGGGGCCGAGCACCGGCAGUACGCGGACAUCAAAACCGAGGACGGCAAGAAGGAAAAGUACCUGCUGUACUACGACGGCGAAACGGUCAGCGGCAAGGUGAACAUCACGCUCAAGAAGCCGGGCAGCAAGCUGGAACACCAGGGCAUCAAGGUGGAGCUGAUUGGACAAAUCGAACUGUACUACGAUCGCGGAAACCACCACGACUUUCUCAGCCUGGUGCGCGAGUUGGCCCGCCCGGGGGAUCUCAUCCAGAACACGUCGUACCCGUUUGAGUUCGCGAACGUCGAGAAGCCGUACGAGGUGUACGUCGGGUCAAAUGUUCGUUUAAGAUACUUUCUCCGGGUGACGAUCGUGCGCCGCCUCAGCGACAUCAUCCGCGAGGUGGACAUUGCGGUGCACACGCUGUCCAGCUACCCGGACACGAACAGCCCGAUCAAGAUGGAGGUCGGCAUCGAGGACUGUCUCCACAUCGAGUUCGAGUACAACAAGAGCAAAUAUCAUCUCCGCGAUGUCAUCGUUGGUAAGAUCUACUUCCUGUUGGUGCGCAUCAAGAUCAAGCACAUGGAAAUUGCAAUCAUCAAGCGGGAGCAAACUGGUUCAGGUCCCAACAUUUUCACCGAGAACGAAAUCAUCGCCAAGUACGAAAUCAUGGACGGCUCGCCGGUCAAGGGCGAAAGCAUACCGAUCCGGGUGUUCCUGGCCGGGUACGACCUGACGCUGACGAUGCGCGAAAUCAACAAAAAGUUCUCGGUGCGGUACUUCCUGAACCUGGUCCUGAUCGACACCGAGGACCGGCGGUACUUCAAGCAGCAGGAAAUCACGCUGUGGCGCAAGGCGGACAAGACGCGCAAGUCGCUGACCCCGUCGCAGGCGGCCGCCAUUGCCGCCGCCCAGGGACAGCCCGGUCAGAUGGCCGGCCAGCUGCAGCCCCAGGCCAGUGCCACGAAUCCCCACAUACCGCACCAUCUGGUGGGGCAGGGGCCGUCACUGCACGCGGCCGCCAUGGCCAAGGAACCGCUCGGCGAUGGGGAUCUCAGCAAUAGCAACGGCGCGAAGAAACCGGACGAGAGCAAUCCCAUCAUGGGCCUGUUCACCGAGGAUAGCUCACAGUCGGACUUGCGACCGAAACCCGCCGCUCGACAGCGAAGUGAAGACGCCACAGAGGACAGCAGCAGGCCCGCGGUGAUGGAACGAUCGGCCGUCCCGAUCGCCUCAGUGCUGGUGGACGAACCCACCGACGAGGACACACUGCCCCAGUCCGGCGGCGGUGGCAGCGGCAAUCCCGGCCAGCAGCAUCUGCACCGGGAGGCCGGCGACGGCGCGGCCUCGAUUUCGCACACCACGGACGAGGAAACGUCCUCGCUGUUUGACGCCAACGAUCUGAGCUUCAACGCCGCCAACAAUCCUCCCGCUCCUCCGACGACGGACCCGGAAACGCCGGAGCACUCCUCGACAGUGGCGGAAGCACCGAGUGCGGCGUCGGCGGUCUCCACGAAGCCGGAAGCGGCACCGCGUGAAUCCAAACAGCAGAAACAGCUCGAGGAGCCGCUGGCAGCGGAGUAAAGGGGGUUAGUCUAAUAACAACAACAGAAAAAAAACACAGGUAAAAUAUAUCUCCCAAUAUAUUAGCCUUUAAAAUUGAACAGCAGUCCUUUCUGAUUUGCGUUUCUUCGUGACAUUUUGUCCCCUGUUUAAAAAAAUACACCGUGCGAAGCUACGAAGCAUGUAUUUAUUAACGGUUUAAAUCAAAUUGAAUUCUAAUAAGCUUAAGUUUAAAAAUUAAGAAAACCCCUACUUUUGAAUCGUGCGUCGAAUACACACAGAAAGUUCUGACCAGAUAAGUAAAACUUAACAACUAAUAGUGAAAAGAAGCAAUUUUUCCACCAGAGAGGGAAGCUCAAUUGUGGGGGAGCUUCCCGCGGGUUGUGUACACACUCGAAAUGUUUUCUUUGAAAAGAAAAA